UUUAGUCAUAAAGUUUUAUAUAAAGAAAUAUAAAAUUAAUUAAUGGUUAUACGAGGUGACGAGAAAAUUACAAAGAAAAGUUUUUUUUUGUGAAAAAUAAUUUUUUAUAAAAUUUUUGUAAAAUACAUUGGAUUACGGAAAGUCAAAGAAUAAUUUAAAAAUAAAAUUUCAAUAUAAAUAUCGUGUUAAUGAAAAAAAUAAAAUUAUAAAGUUUUUAUUUAAAUUAAUAUUUAAUUGAAAAUUUGUAAUACUGUUAGAGAAGUGAGAAAAAAAAUUAGAAACAAAAAUGCAGUUUAAUAUGAACGAUGCUGCAGCAUUAGCUGGUAUGAUACCAUAUGAUUCAAUUGGUUUAUAUGAACAACCAAAGCCUAGGUUUAUAUUUAAAAUGCCAAGAGUAGUACCAGAUCAAAAAUCUAAAUUUGAAAGUGAUGAAUUAUUUCGAAGGCUGAGCAGAGAGAGUGAAAUUCGUUAUACGGGAUAUCGAGAAAGAGCACUCGAAGAACGUCAAAUACGUUUUCAAAAUGGUUGUCGUGAAGGUCAUACAGAAAUAUCAUUUGUUGCAUCUGGAACAAAUUUACAAUUAGUAUUUAAUGCAAAUCAAAGUCCUUAUAAUCCAGAUAAAGAAUGUGAUUUUGACAAAGAACAUGGAAAGGUUCAUAUUCGAUCACAUUUUAUAAUGAAUGGUGCAUGUGUUAGAUUCCGUGGUUGGUUAGAUUUAGAACGAUUAGAUGGUGUUGGUUGUCUUGAAUAUGAUGAACGUCGUGCAAUACAUGAAGAUGCAAUUCUUCGAGAACAAAUCGAUCGUUAUAAUCAAAGAUUACGUGAUUUUGAGGAUACAAAACGUGCUUAUCAAGAUAAUCGUCGUGACGAAAUGGAUGCUGUAAGACGUGGUGUUGCUACUGGUGGCAUCGGUGUUGGUGUCGGUGGUGGUAUGUGGAGACGAUAAAUACACACACACACACACACACAUUUUUAUUAAGUUUCUAUAGAAAACUAACAUUGAGUUCAAUUAGUUUUUAUGCGAUAAUUUUACACUUAAUAGUUGAUUAUAAUUUUAAAAAUGUAUGUAAAUGUUUUCCGUUUUGUAUACUGACAAAAAAUACUGGUGCAAUUUGGUAAAUACAAAACUAUAUUAAUUUUUGGUAAAAAAAAAAUACUACAAGAAAAUAAAAAUAAGGAUAAAUGUGUACUUAAACCGACGUACGAAUAUUACCAACAAGGAACUGGUGCUUAAUGUGAUUUCAUCAGGACAUGAUAAUUUAAGGAACAAACUUAUAGAUAAUUUCAUUUUAAAAAUAAUUUUUGUAAAAUCAAUUUUUUUAAAUGUCAAAAAAAAAAUAAAAAUUCGUUUUUAUUAGAAAUUUAAUUUUACCUUUAAAAAUGGAGGAAAAAUAACUGUUAUGUACUUAAUUAUUUUAAAUUAAAAAAUAAUUUUGUUUAAAUAUUUUAAAUAGAAAUUAUUUUCCAUUUUUUUUUUUGUUAAUUUGUAAAUAUUAUUACAAUUAAAAAUAUGAUGUUUUAUAAAUUAAUUGAAA